AGCACCUUUAUUCAUGCCGCUUGCGCCACUCCGAUGACAGACAAAGAAGCUGUUUGCGUUGGCGUGCGGCUGAGACCUUUCGUUGCCUAUGAGCAAGGGCAGCAACAGUGCCUUACAAUAUCUGGCAAUGUUGUGCACGUGGACCCCAAUGUUGCGGAGCAAUCCCAGAAAGCAAAGGUCUCUGAGUUCGCCUUCGAUUGCGCUAUGGAUAGCACCGAUCCUGAUGCCCCGGACUACGUGUCCCAGGAUAGGUGCUAUGAUUUGAUGGCAAAGAGGAUGGUAGACCACGUUCUCGGAGGUUAUUUUAGUUGCUUAUUUUGCUAUGGGCAGACUGGCACUGGAAAGACGACCACUAUCAUGGGGAAGGUGGAGCCUGUAUCUAAGCAGGGACUGCUGUUGCGCCUCAUGAACGACCUUUUUUCUGAGAUGACUGCUUUGCAAGAUGAGGGCUUGGAGGUGCACUGCAAAGUUCAGAUGCUUGAGGUGUACAACGAAAAGGUGCGUGACCUCCUCGUGCCCAUGAAUGGAAAUAGCAAAGAUGGAAAAUCGCGGCACCAUCCUGAAGUGCACGUCCAUCCAAAGUUGGGUGUGUAUGUGAAGGGAGUGGCAGAUGAGCCCGUUGAUUCCUUUGAGAAUUGUGUCCAAUUGAUUGAGUAUGGCAACACGAUGAAGACAGUUGCAGCAACAGCCAUGAAUGCAAAGAGUUCAAGAGCACACACCAUAUUCAAGCUUAUGGUGGAAAAACGUGGGGGCAGCGACAACACCAUUGUCACCUCAGAGGCGUUUUUUGUGGAUCUUGCCGGCCGUGAGAAUGAGAAGACCACCAAGGUGUCCGGCGAGAGGCUCGUCGAACUCACCUUCAUAAAUCAAAGUUUGAUGUGGUUGGCAAGCUGCAUUCAAGCACUGGCAAAGCCGGAGACUAGAAAAUCGAUGGUUCCAGGUGCUGGCACCGGCAAUCUAAUGUCCAGAUUUCGGAAUUCGAAGUUGACAUUGUUGCUGUCCAAUGCUUUGAGUGGAAACUCCAAAACAUCAAUGAUUGGUACUUUGAGUCCGGCGCUUGCGAAUUUCGAAGAGAGUUACAGUACACUGACCUUUGCGUCAACGGUCAAAAAUAUAAAGAUCAAAGCCAAACCUGCAUCAGCUGUGGACAAAGAUGCGCUAGUGAAGAGCUUGCAGGAGGAAUUGCAGGCUUUGAAAGAACAGCUUGCUGCAUCGGAGGAGAAGGUCCAUGCUGAUGCUUUGACGGACAAACUCGAGGCAACUGAAGCUUUGAUGGAAAGAUAUCGAAAAGGCUGGGAAGAGGCGCAAACGGAAGCUAAGCGACUCAUGUCUCAAAGAGGUGCUGAUUUGGAAAAGCUGGGCGCCCCGCGAUGGAGCUGGGCAAUGCACAGCGUUUUGGCUGCAAAGCGUGAAGAUUCAAAGCGCAUUCCACAUUUGGUCAAUUACUCCGAUGAUCCUUACAUGAGGGGGAGGCUCACGUUCCAUCCUUCAGAGGUUGGUCGUGAAUACUCAUUAGGUUUCAACCCAAAAGCAUGUGACUUUUUGGUGCCUCAUGGCCUUGGAAUACAAGAGGUGACUUGCUUCAUUCAGAGAGAUAACACAGGACGCCUAUUCUUACGACCUGCCGCUAACACAGAAACCAGCAGUGGAAGUAGCAUGAGUGGGAGUGAGGAGGAAUGGCAGCCGUGUGGCAAAGCUUCAGCCGUUGCCUACAUAGAAGUGAAUGGGCAACGCUUGCAAGAGGCCAGUGCUGUCGAGCUGCAGCAUUUAGAUCGUGUUGUUCUUGGACGAUCGGUGAUGCUUUAUGCCUUUGUAAGACCCGGCACCUCAAUUCAUGAUCUUCCGGCUGACAGAUUGCCCGCAGCGCGCCCCUCACAACAAGAAUUGUUAAUUCUAGAGAUUCUGGGAAAGGAGAGAGCUGAAGAGCCUGGCCAGCGGCAAAUGGCUUUGAAGUUCAUGGCAGACUUGAAGAAGAAUAACCUGGACACUGAUGGAGCUACCUCUGUGCAAGAAUUUCUGUUGAUGGCUCGCAAGGCUGCGCAAAUGGUGGAGGAGGCAAAUCAGAUCACAGCAGAAGUGAAACCUGGAGGCCAAACCAACUUGAAGUUUGAGCUUUGUGCCAUUGCCCCCAUUCUGGCACUUGGCUAUGGCCGCUCUUGCUGCCCAGAACUCAGCGUCCGCUUGGUGCGUCACAUUUCACCUUCGCAGGCGAAGGCCAGAGCUUCAGCCACAAGUGCCAGGCGUGCAUCCCUUCACUCCAGUGAGAUUUUGCUGGAACAGUUUGCCUCUGGAACUGGGAGUGGAGGCUCCACAGAUUCAGAGGUUCUGUACAACUGGACUUUUGAGAAGUUUUGCUCACGCCUGCAGAUCAUGCAAGAAGUGUGGCAGGCACAUUCACAAGAUCCUGACAACUUCGAUUUGGAUGAAUUCAAUCACCCCUGGUCAGAGCAAGGGCCCAGUGAACUGGCAGAGUUGAGGCAACGUUAUGAUAGCCUGCGUGACAGCAUUGUAUCAGCAGGGAAUGCGAGAAGCUCCUACGUGUCGCAUCAACAAGCACUACCUGCCUUGGGCGUGCAUUUCAGGCGCCCCAACGAAAGGCUCGAAGAAGAGAACCAGCGAUUGCGCCAGCAAGUGAGUGAGCUGAGCAGUGUGCUCCGCAAUUCUUAUGCAGGCUCCCAUGGCAUGCAUACGAGCCAACCAGCUGUGCACGCUCUUGCCCCACCGCAAGGACAAAGCGAAGUACCAAGUUCGCUGAAGGGAAUUUUGGAUUUGUCCAAGACAAACCUACUUUUGGUCUUGGACCUUUUCGACACGCUCUCACGGCUCAGCAAUAGCAUGCUCAAUGCAUCGGCAGCAUGUCUCCAGACCACUCCAGAUAGCACAGCUGUUGAUGAGGCACGCCAGCGCUUGGCGGAAGCAUCCGAAGACCUUGCGGCCUUUUUUGCUGAGACGUCUCCCAACCUCGGAGCGUUUCCACACCUCGGAGCGGAGCCAAUCGGAGUCGAUCGUCUCCAAACACAUAUUGGGCGACAACCCUGCCCUGCCGCCAGCCCCAGCUUGCCAGAACCAAGGGCCCAAAGCAGUGCCCAUGUCCUCCAACAAUUCGCGCUCUCCACAUCAGUCACUGGACCUAUGAGACCCAUUGGACCCACAACGCACUCUGCAGAGUCCCCCCAUGCUGUGAUCGUGGGCGGCUUCCCAAAAGUGCAAGGAGCUUAUUUCUUUCCGGCCUCGGAUGUGAGUGAUCGGAGACACCCAAUUCAAUCACAAGUUCGACAAAUCCGCAAUGAGAACCGCAGUGACCUUGCACCUGCUGUACCAGCAGAAGGUCGAGCGUUGGGUGUGUUUCACUCAAACUGAUGUGGCGGCGUUUGCGGUCAA